AUGGAGAAUGCAAGAUAUACAGAUGAAUCUAAAUUGUCGGAUGCAAGAAUUGACCGAUUGAAAAGAAUGGUUGAGUUAUUGACAGAAUCCUUGAGACAACAACAAAGACAACCAUUUCUAUCUCCUCCUCAGCUACCAUUCCUAAUUGAGCCACACAACAAUGAUGAUAUCAUUGCCCUGACACCAAAAUUUAUUGAAAUGAAGCCACCAACCUUUCAGGGAGGUCUCGACCCUUUGAAAGUCGAAGCUUGGAUUUUGGAAAUAGAAAAGUUGUUCGAAGUGUUUCCAUGUUCAAAGGUACAAAAGGUGUUAUUAGCCACCUUUACUUUACAAGAAGAGGCAAGACGAUGGUGGGUGCUUGUCCGAAAGAGCAAUGGUUCUAUGACAUGGGCUCAAUUUAAGGAGGAUGUUCUUGAUCGCGCUCUCAUGUCCAAGGCUAACAUUGCAGCACUUAAGCAAGCCAAGAUGCUGGUGAAUGAAUGGAAGGAAAAAAGACAAGCGUUCAAUUUUAAGAAGGGUAGGAACAAUUCACAGAAUAAGAAACAAAAUACGGCGUCUUCGACUAGCUCCAGCCAAGAGACUGAUUCUCUACCACCAUGGAAAGCUAAUACUGUUACCGAUGCCCUCAGUCGGAAAUCAAUUGGAAAUUUGGCUUGUUUACUCACCAGACAGAAAGAACUGCUAUGUGAUCUUGAGAAAUUUGAAGUUGAGAUUGUUUUACAAGAACAAGGUGGGACAUUGGCUACUAUUUCUGCUCAAUCGGCACUUAUUGAGGAGAUUAAAGAGAAACAACACCAAGAUGACUUUUUGAAGAAGAAUGGAAAAGUGGUUGUUUAUGCAUCUCGUCAGUUAAAGCCUCAUAAAAAGAAUCAUCCGACUCAUGAUUUGGAGUUAGCCGCCGUUGUCUUUGCAUUGAAAAUAUGGCAUCAGUAUCUUUAUGGAGCAACUUGUGAAGUCUACACUGAUCACAAUAGAUUGAAAUAUUUCUUUACUCAAAAGGAGUUGAAUAUGCGUCAAAGAAGAUGGUUAAAGUCGAUCAAGAAAUAUUAUUUGCAAAUUCAGUAUCAUCCGGGCAAAGCCACUAUUGUAGUUGAUGCUCUUAGUAGGAAAUCAAUGGAUUGCAUUCUUCAUCCCAAAAGAACUUAG